GACGAGGUAUGGCACCGUAACGGGUUUACAUACGCUUGUAGUCGAUACGUGAUAAGAAUUUAAAAGGAUGAAUAAUUUAAAAAAGAAAGAAAAAGAAAGUUAGUGGCACCAUGCAAAGGUGGUAUACACAUAUUCAAAUGAUGCAAAGUUUCCUCACUUUUAUCCUUGCUUUUUGUGUGUAUAUAAUGGCACUCUCCCAUUUUUGUGCAUCCCAUGCAAGAGUUCUAGAGUGAGAAGAAGAAUAUAAAGAGAGAGAGAGAGAGCAAAAAAUGGGGUGUAUUAUGGGUGAAUCUUUCAACAAAAUGAAGCCAUAUUUGGCUAUGAUUUCACUUCAAUUUGGGUAUGCAGGAAUGCAUAUUAUUCUCUUGCUCUCUUUUAAGAAAGGUUUUAGUCAUUGGGUUUUCGUUGUUUAUCGCCAUGCAGUUGCAACAAUCUUUUUUGCUCCUUUUGCAUACUAUUUUGAGAAGAAAAUAAGGCCAAACAUGACGAAAUCGAUAUUCUUCAAGAUAAUGGUGCUUGGUUUCUUGGAGCCAGUUUUGGACCAGAACUUGUACGGCGUCGGAAUCCAGUAUACGUCGGCGACGUUUGCGGCGGCGACCGUCAAUAUUCUCCCCGCCGUCACCUUCAUUAUGGCUGUUGUUUUCAGGUUGGAAAAGGUGAAUCUGAAAAAAGUGCACAGUUUAGCAAAAGUGAUCGGAACGACGGUGACGGUGGCCGGAGCAAUGCUGAUGACACUGUACAAAGGCCCCGCCGUCAACAUCUUGUUCUUCUCUCACGGCAGCGGCCACCACGAAGGCGCCAGCGCCGCCGCAGAUCAGAACUGGGUCACCGGCACAAUCAUGCUGCUCGGUUGCAUCGUCGGCUGGGCUGCCUUCUUCAUUUUGCAAAAUAAUACAUUGAAGGAUUACCCAGCGGAGCUGUCGUUGACGGCGUUGAUUUGUUUGAUGGGAACGGUGGAAGGCGGCAUCGUGGCGGCGAUAAUGGAGCGGCGGCCGAGCGCGUGGGCUAUCGGUUUUGAUGCUAGGCUGCUCGCGGCUACAUAUUCCGGACUUGUAUGCUCAGGAAUAGCAUAUUACUUGCAAAGUGUGGUGAACAAAGCACGAGGUCCAGUGUUUGUGACUUCAUUUAGCCCUCUCAGCAUGAUCAUCACUGCUGUUUUGGGAGCCAUAAUUCUGGCUGAGACGCUCCAUCUCGGAAGUGUGAUUGGAGCGGUGAUCAUAGUAAGUGGGCUAUACUGCGUGGUGUGGGGCAAAAGCAAAGAGGAUUCGGCAAAGGCAAAGGCCAAAUCCCAAGAAUUACCAGUGCUGGCCGACACCAUUGCUUCAGACAACAUCAAUGUCAAAUCCAUAAAUAAUCAUCAGAAAAUCAAUACCUUGCAUGAAGGGCCUUGAUCCACAAUGUUUAAUCUAUGAUUACUGCUGAAUUAAAUGUUCAAUCACUCAUGUGUAAGAUGUGGUUGACUCGAUUUCAAUUGUUUCAGUCUGAUGUUUUCAAUGCUACUUUUACCUAAUGUAUUUUGAUUUUCAUGUCAAAA